AGAAGGGCACAGUUCAUUCUGCUCCCAAAUAACUUAACAUUUAAUUAUGUACAGCUACCUACACAUUCUUGUGUUUAUCAGAGUAUUAUAUACCUAAUUUUGCGCCGUCAUUUAUUAUCAUAGCACAGCAACAAUAACCCUUGCAUCGCUCCUUUCGUUUGGUGUUAAAUUACCUGCGGUUAUAGCUAGGUAACGUGUGCUGCACGUGUAAUUUUUGGCUCUGAACGAUGUACAAAAUGUUUCAUAACACCCUCUGUCACUAAUAACCGUCUUCAAGUUACAGCGUAGUCAAUCAUCAUGAUUUUCCAAAUGUCUAUGCGCGCCAGAUCAUUGUUAUGGAAAACAAAUCUGUCCACAUGGCGAAUCUGCAUGACCUGGAAGAGUAGUGCACUCCAUUCUACAGUCAAUGCAUCAUCUGGGCUCGGUCCCCCUCCUGGAUGUGAAGAACAAUCCUCUGUUUCCAUAAUACCUCCACACACACCUGUUAUGCUUAAAGAAGUGCUUCAUUACUUAGAUGUUCAGCCAGGUCAGGUGGUCCUGGACAUGACAUUUGGAGGUGGUGGUCAUACCAGAGCAAUACUAAAUAUGGUUCCUGAAGUCACAGUCCUGGCAGUGGACCGAGAUCCUACAGCAAUUUCUUUGGCUGAGCACUUAGCCAAGGAAUACUCCGGUCGUGUUAAACCGAUGCUUGGCCGAUUCAGCGAUCUCGAAGCCCUGCUGUCUGACAUGAAGAUUAAGCCGGGCAGCGUCGAUGCUGUCCUCAUGGAUGCUGGCUGCUCCUCCAUGCAGAUGGAUCAGGCACAAAGAGGCUUUUCUCUCAGCAAGGACGGGCCCCUGGAUAUGAGGAUGGAUGGUGAGAGGUACCCCGACAUGCCCUGCGCUGCUGACGUUGUGAAUACCUUAGAUCAACAGGCUCUUGCAUCCAUCCUCACUGCAUAUGGGGAAGAAAGACACGCCAGGAAAAUAGCUUCAGCCAUAGUGGAGGCACGCCGUGUCAGCCCUAUCACCCGGACACAGCAGCUGGCUAGCGUGGUUGCAGGGUCAUUUCCUGCAGCUGUCAUCUAUGCACGCAAAGACAGACUACAUCGUCCAGCACAUGUGGCCACUAAGACUUUCCAAGCUCUGCGAAUUUUUGUGAAUGAUGAAUUGAACGAACUGCACGCGGGCCUACAAGCUGCGCAGAAGAUAGUAAGACCAGGAGGACGUUUGUGCGUGAUCACCUUUCAUUCACUGGAAGACAGACUCGUCAAACGUUUCCUCCAGGGAGAGGACUUAUCUAAUCUAGACCAGUAUCACUUCAGCCCGAGAAAACAAGGCACGAGGAAGGAAAAACUGGAAGAGAAAAGAAAAAAUAGAAGUGUGUUUUGGCUUCCUGUGCAAAAAAAGGUGAUCACUCCAGAGACGGAUGACGUAAAAGAGAACCCACGAGGACGUUCUGCAAAACUCAGGGUAGCACUAAGACAAUGAAACAUGGCUUCACUUCACAUACAUGUUUUUUAAAAGCAAAAUUAAAUUUUUAGACUCACUUCCUGUGGAUAACAAUGUGUCUACAUGCAUUGGUAGACACAAAAAAUGAAGAUUGUAUCUGCACAUUUAUGAUCAACCUAAGCUAAUGUUAGGGGAGAAAACCCAAAUACAUUAACCCAGAGCCAAAGUUUGACACAUAAAUCUCUUGUUACAUAGGAAAAAAAUGUUAAUUGAAGUGAAAAUCAUAAACUAUUUUGUCAAUUUUUACAUUUUUUGAUGCUUUAAUGGUUGUGUUUUUUUACGUUAAAAUACACAAAUUAAAAACGAAUAACUAUUUUGUCAUAUUUUCCUUAAAUUUCCUCUGCUGUCUCAUUUAGAGUACAGUGUGUUAUGGUCUCUUAAAGAUAUCUACUUCUGCAGUGUUUGAUGCCUUUUUUGGUGUUUAUUAUUUCUAAAUAACCUGACUUACUGAACAGAACAUACUUUUUUCCAUUGAUGUCUUUAUCCCCUUGCACGUCUCUUGAUGAGUAGUUCAAGUGAAACCUCUACUGUACCAUAUGAAUCAGUAAUGCCACUAAAUACUGAAUGACGCAAGUGUCAGAAGUGGUGCUGAAUAAGUGGGGAGGUUGUUCUUGAGCAUUCUCUCACCUUCAACUGGAAGCAGAUGAGGUGUUUUGAUCUUUACUAUUUGACUUUGACUAAUUGCAAUUGCUCCAUCAAGAUUAUUAACACUUUUUUCUUCCAUCUCAAUUUAGUUCACUCUAAAUAUACCCUUCUUGUUACCUUGGAAACUAAAUGGCGCAAGUAACAUUUAAUAGUGUCUAAAAUUAUGUUGUCUAAUAUGAAAUGAUGCCAUAUCUGGAGUUUGAACGUCCCUCCCUUUGACAUCAGUGAAUGUCAUUAAAAGACCUUAACUGUCCCUGUUGAUGGAGGACGCUGUGACGUUUGAGCCAUAAAAACCUCACUUCAUCUGCAGCUAUAUCUGUUUACAGUGUACAGGAGCAGGAGGUAAGCAGGCACAAGAAACUAGAAGACUUUUUUUUUUUAUACUUAAUUGUGCCUGUUUUAUAUAAAUGCAGCACCACUGAAGGUUUUAAAGGAUGUAUUCCCUAUUUUACGACUGGGAAACAUCUGUAGUUUAUUUGAUUAAUAGAGGUGAA